AUGAUGGCCAUGAACGCCAAGCAGGCCUUCGCCGUGCCCGCCGCGCUGCACGAGCCCAAGUUCCCCGGGCUGCACCCCCCCGCCGAGGCGAUGCGCAGGGUUUGCCUGCCGGCCCCCCAGCUGCAGGCCAAUAUAUUCGGCAGCUUCGAUGAAAGCUUGCUGGCCCGCGCCGAGGCUCUGGCCGCCGUCGACAUCGUUCCCCACGCCAAAGGCCACCACCACCACCCCCCCUUCAAGCCGGACGCCCCCUUCCCCGCCAUGAGCGGCGUCCCCUGCGCUGCUGCAGCCCUCCCGCACCCCGCCGCGCUCCCGCACCCGCUUCCGCACCCGACGCUGGACGGCGCCGACCUCCUGGAGCACCUCUCGCCCUCGCUGGCUGUCGGGGGGCUGCCCGAGCCCCCCGCCCUGCCCGCCCCGCUGCCGCCGCCCCCGCUGCCCGCCGCCGGACCCCUGCCCGUGGGCGUGGGCCCCCCCCCGCCUCCUCCCCCCGCCGUCGAGGCCGAUUCAGACCCGCGGGAGCUGGAGGCGUUCGCGGAGCGGUUCAAGCAGCGGCGGGUGCGGCUGGGGGUGACCCAGGCUGACGUGGGGGCGGCGCUGGCCGCGCUGAAGCUGCCGGGGGUGGGUUCGCUGAGCCAGAGCACGAUCUGCCGCUUCGAGUCGCUGACGCUGUCGCACAACAACAUGUCGGCGCUGCGGCCGGUGCUGCAGGCAUGGUUGGAGGGGGCCGAAGCCGCCCACCGCGACCGCGCCAGCGGCGCCGGGCCGCUUCCCGGCUCGGCCGAGCGCAAGCGCAAGCGGACCUCGAUCGCCGCGCCCGAGAAGCGCUCGCUGGAGGCUUACUUCGCGCUGCAGCCGCGGCCCUCGGCCGAGAAGAUCGCGGCCAUCGCCGAGAAGCUGGACCUGAAGAAGAAUGUGGUGCGUGUCUGGUUCUGCAACCAGCGCCAGAAGCAGAAGCGCAUGAAGUACUCGGCCGUGCACUGA